GGCGCCAGUUUGAUUUCGAUUCCAUGGGACUGAUAGUAAGCUUCCGAGGCUAUAACGGCGUGAUUCUGCGUGUUCUUCUUAUAUAUGGUCCGAGUCUUUCUUUCCCUUUUUACUCCAUCUCGUAUUUUCCCUGUAUUUACACAGAUAUCACUUCUCAUACCCCACUGCUUCCUUUUGCCAAUAAAGAUCACAAACUAUGAUUGCCAACAAAAAAUAAACCAAGAGGGAGCUAGCAAUAGCAGCACUUGGCUUGGAUAAAUAAGCCCCUGUUACAUUCCAGAGUGAAUCAGGCCAGUUCUGCAACGAGAAAGAUGGGCUACAAGGUGGCCGACGAGAACUGCUUCCAAGAAUCGCCCCAGUUCAGCCGUCCAGAAGUAGGAGAUCAAUGCAACAAUCCGGAUGAAGGUAUAAACGACAGGCUGCAGCAAAAUGUUGACAGUGACAACGGCAAGCAUCUUGUGAAUAAUACUGGCUGUGACACUAAGACAACAGAUGUUAUCAAUCCAAGCGCAGACGGAAAUGUGCACGACGAUCCUGUCUUAGUGGUCACUCCGGAAUUGCAGAAGCGCAGUUGGCUGCUGGAAGUUUCACAAUCUGCUGAGGACAACCCUGAAAGCGUCAAUAGCGUCAACAGCGAUAACGCAUCUGAUGGGGGAAGCUGGACUUUUGAGGAUGGGCCUGAUGCCAACUUGAAUAUACAUGAGCUCCAAAUACAAAAUAUGAUGCGUAUCAGUGAGGCUCUGGAGGCAAGGGCAAGGAAGGCUGAAAAGGAAAUAUCAGACAAUGACAAGGUUUUCAAGGAACAACUCAACGACGCUUAUUUCAAGCACGCCGAAUCCAUGCAAGCUCAACAGGACCAGUUCGAUACUGAACUCGCAGAGGCUCUGAAGAUUAGGAAAGAAGUUUUUCGCGAGAAUGGCGAUCUAAAAGUGCAAUAUCGCGGAGCCUGCGCGCAAAUCAAGGAUCAGACUGAGAAAAUUAAUGAUCUCGAUGCCAGAGUAUCAGGGUAUAUUGCGGUGCUUAAGCAAGUCAAGGCUCCAGAUGGGUCGGUUUACACCCAUAAGCAGAGGCAGGGCACAAUCGACGACCUAAAACGGGACGCCAAUGCACAGAGAGAGUUCUACAUGAAUCAAAUCAAAACUCUGGAGAAUCAAGUGGCAAGAAAGAUGGCCCGCCUCAACAAAGGCGCCGAAGAAUCUCGCAACCUCCAGCAUAAGCUCCAAACUCUCAGCACUGAGCUUUCGGAUGAACAACAAAAUGCCGAGACGCCGAGGCCAAACUAG